CGCAUUUUGAUCGUGUCUUAGGCCAUUCAUUCGGUCUGGCGACAAGACGAUAUUCCCGGUUCUGUUGAUAUGGCCGUCGUCGAGGAAUUUGAUUAUUUAUGUCGUCUGUGCGCGACUAAAACUGGUAUUCUAAUGGGAUUACCGAUCUUCGAAGCCGGUGAUCAGAUGCGUAACAUUGACAAGAAAAUAGCCGCGUGCUUGCCAGUGCAGGUAUCUCUGACCGAUCAAUUACCAAAAGUAGUGUGCGAGGAAUGUGCUUAUAAAUUGGACCAGUUGUUUGACUUUCGUGAAAAAUGCUUACAUACUGAAGGGAUGUUCAUGGAAAUGUUAAAGGAAAUUUCUAAAGAUGAAGUUGUUCGCAUAACAAAACAUGAUUUGCGGAAUGUAGUAGAAAUGAAUAGAAUUCAAAGGGACAUAGAUAGAAUACAAAAUAACAUUGAAGAUGUACAAGAUCAUCAGGACUCAAGAGAAGCUACUAUACAUACAAUGCAAGUUAUGGAUGAAAUGGACUUAGCGGGUGGUGAACAAGUUGUUACACAAGAAGACAUAGGACAACAGGAUGCCAGUAUCGAGGUUACAGGUAUCGACUGUUUAGAUGGGGAUACUGUCAGAAUUGUCAACGAACACAUACAAGAAGUAUCUAAUCACCAAAUAGCAGUACAUCUAGAAGGAGACAUGACUGUAGUUGGAAACUUAACAGUGAGUGAUCAUUUAGGUCAGUUAGGAAUAAAUUAUGUGACUUCCAUAACUCCAGAAGAUCAAAAUCAAGAACAAAUAGUGCAUUAUUGUGAAAAUGUAAAAUUUGAAUCAGUACCAAUAAAGGAUGAAUAUCAGAGAUUACAAGAGAGAUUAAAUACAGGGGAUUCUACAAAUGUACUUGAAAAUAAUGUAUCACACGAAUGUUUUCCUCCAGCUCACUCAGAAGCUGGUAGCGACAUAGAAGAAGUGCGUGGUGUGGACAGUGGAACUGCAACACAUACAGCUCCACAAACAGAUACUGUAGCAUCAACAAGUCAAGUACCAACAGGAAAUUCAGAAAUAUUAGUUGAAUAUACAAAAGUAGCAAAACAUUCGUUGUUAGAGUCUACACUAAACAAUCCUACAAUCGACGAAACAGGUUCUCACUGGUACGUGUGUCCGUUUUGUAAUGAAGCAAUUUUAGGAUCAAAUAAUAUGAUAGCACACUUUGAACAAUAUUUUGUGUGCUGUUCAUGCGAUCUAUAUUAUACAAGCACAGAUGCACUGAAUGUACAUAAGGAACGAUGUGAUAUACAUAAAAGUAAAACAAUGAACAAUGAGAUAGCAGUCAAAGAAUCAGAAUUAACUUCUUCGGAAAAUGGUGUGAAUGGGGAGGAACAAAAAAAACAAGCACCAGUGAGACAAAGAUGGACUCCGAAAGUUUGUACCCACUGUGGAAAACAGUAUAGGACAAAUUACAAGUUGCAAGAACACAUGCGAAAACAUACCGGCGAAAAACCUUUUCAGUGUGUGACUUGUGAGAAAGCGUUUCGGAGUAAGAUCGGACUUGCACAACAUACAGCUACGCAUACAGGGCAAUUUGAUUAUAAUUGUUCCACAUGUGGUAAGGGUUUCCAAUCCAAAAGCUAUCUUGUUCUUCACCAAAGAGUACAUUCAGACUUGAAGCCGUUUCCAUGUAACACGUGUGGGCAACAUUUCAAAACAAAACAGUCAUUGUUAGACCAUCAGAAUAGGCAUCUCGGCGUUAAGCCGUACGUGUGUGAAAUUUGUGGACGAGGUUUCAUAACCAAGGGACUUUGUAAAAGUCAUCAAAAAAUACAUUCGGGGAUGGAUAACCGACAAUAUCCGUGCGUAGUAUGCAAUAAAAUGUUCGUUAGUAAAAGUUACCUCAACACACACCUGCGCAUUCAUACUGGCGAAAAACCAUACUUGUGCGAGGUUUGUGGGAAAGGAUUUUUAACGCGAGUUGACCUUAAAAUUCACUCGACAAUGCAUACCGGCGAGAAGAGCUUUAAAUGCGAUAUGUGUGGAAAAGUGUUCGCUAGAAGAGCUGCAUUACGAUGCCACAGAAGAUUGCAUACAGGAGAACGGCCUUACAGGUGCGACAUUUGUGGGAAAACAUUUACGCAAUUCACACCAAUGGCAAUUCACAAAAGACUGCAUACCGGAGAACGACCGUACGAAUGCGACGCGUGCGGUAAAACGUUUGUGUCAAGAUCAACUAUGAUGUGUCACAAGAAGAAACAUCAUGGUACAACAACAACAACAACGACAACUACUACAACAACAACAACAACUGUAAAGAAAGAAGAACCAGUUCCUCGACAGAAUGAAGUGAAAAAUAAUGUUUUACCAACAGAAAUCGUGCUUCGAAAUUCCCAAGAGGGAAUUCAAAUUACAGCAGAUUGAAAUGUUGAAGGAUAAAAA